AUGUAUUUAUCAUCCCUGGCGACGUAUGCUGCCGUAGCGUCCAUUUUCUCUCCAUCACAAUCAUAUCUCCUCACUUCUCGGUCGCUAGGACCUUCUACUGACUUAACUAUCUCAAAUAAAGUUAUUGCGCCAGAUGGAUUUCCACGUUCGACAACACUUGCCGGAGGAACAUUUCCCGGUCCUCUGAUCAAAGCUAACAAGGGAGACCACUUCGCCAUAAACGUAGUGAAUAAGCUAGAUGAUAGCUUUAUGCUCACAAGCACCAGUGUUCAUUGGCAUGGGCUAUUCCAGAACGGAACGAACUAUGCAGAUGGUGUUUCAUUCGUCACACAGUGUCCCAUUCCCCCAAACUACUCAUUCCUUCACGCCUUUGAUGCCCCGAAUCAGGCUGGCACUUACUGGUACCAUAGCCAUUAUUCCACACAGCAAUGUGAUGGUCUCCGUGGCCCUUUGGUAAUUUAUGAUCCCGAUGAUCCUUUGUCUUAUUUAUAUGACGUCGAUGAUGAGACCACAAUUAUUAGCAUUGCCGAUUGGUAUCAUACCGUGUCCACAGUUCUACGUCACAUAAUUGGCGUCGACUCGGAUUCAACGUUGAUUAAUGGGCUUGGUAGAUAUGUUGGCGGGCCAGAAUCCGAACUUGCCGUUGUCAACGUCGAGUAUGGAAAGAGAUACAGGCUGCGACUCAUUGGGAUGUCAUGCGACCCUUCAUUCAAAUUCUCUAUCGACGGACACAACCUCACUGUGAUUGAAACAGAUGGUAUACUUACUGAGCCACUCUUAGUCGACUCGCUCCGGAUUUUCGCCGGACAACGGUACUCUGUCAUUCUCACAACUGAUAAGCCAGUGAACAACUAUUGGCUUCGCGCGCUUCCAAGUACCGCUGGGUCCACGUUUGACGGUGGCCUUAACUGCGCCAUCCUGCGAUACAGAGGUGCACCAGCUGCAGAUCCAACCACAGACUACACAGACAGCACCAUGCCGAUGCUCGAGACGAACCUUUAUCCCCUCAUCAAUCCCGGUGCACCUGGGAUUCCUGAGUAUGGCCAGGCGGACAUCAACCUGGACUUGGUCGUCGACAACUUCGGUAGACUGUUUUUUAUCAACGGUGCUGUCUACGAACCUCCCAUUGUGCCAGUACUCCUGCAAAUUCUUAGUGGUGCACAAUAUGCCACCGAUUUGAUGCCCAUAGGAAGCGUUAUUGUGCUGGAGGCUAAUAAAGUCGUAGAACUGACCAUGACUACACACGGCUUCGGCGCACCACACCCGAUCCACUUGCACGGUCACACGUUUGAUGUCGUAUAUUCAGGUGGUGCCAGUGACUUCAACUAUUUAAAUCCUAUGCGCAGGGAUGUUGCCUCUAGCGGUGCUACAGGUGAAACAAUGGUCAUACGGUGGGUUACAGAUAAUUCCGGACCUUGGUUUUUGCACUGUCACAUAGACUGGCACCUCGAUGGUGGCUUCGCGAUCGUUAUGGCCGAGAGUCCUUCUGAAACUCAGACGCACCUGAAGGGAUUACCGACUGCCUGGGAGGACCUUUGCCAUGCAUACUAUUCGUCGAAAUCACAAUCAGGGGCGGUCGACUCAUAUACAGAAGCAGCUAAUAUAACGACCCUGCUUCUUCCCGAUCACUAA